UUCGGCGGCUGACUGGGGAGCCGGGGACGCCGAUCUCGGAGAUUCGGGACGGGCCGGGCUACUUACAGCUCGGGACCCCUUUGUCCGAGCCAGAAUGUAUGACAACAUGUCCACAAUGGUAUACCUAAAGGAAGACAAAUUGGAGAAGCUUACCCAGGAUGAAAUUAUUUCUAAGACAAAGCAAGUGAUUCAGGGAUUGGAAGCUCUGAAGAAUGAACACAAUUCUAUCUUGCAAAGUUUACUUGAGACACUUAAGUGUUUGAAGAAAGAUGAUGAGAGUAAUCUGGUGGAAGAAAAAUCAAACAUGAUUCGCAAGUCAUUGGAAAUGUUGGAGCUUGGGCUGAGUGAGGCACAGGUAAUGAUGGCUUUGUCAAACCAUCUAAAUGCAGUUGAAUCAGAGAAACAGAAAUUGCGUGCCCAAGUACGUCGUCUGUGCCAGGAAAAUCAGUGGCUGCGGGAUGAGUUAGCCAACACACAGCAGAAAUUACAAAAAAGUGAGCAAUCCGUGGCUCAACUGGAGGAAGAAAAGAAACACUUGGAAUUCAUGAAUCAGUUAAAAAAAUAUGAUGAUGACAUUUCUCCAUCAGAGGACAAAGACAAUGAUUCUACCAAAGAACCUCUGGAUGACCUUUUCCCCAAUGAUGAAGAUGACCCAGGACAAGGAAUUCAACAGCAGCAUAGCAGUGCAGCUGCUGCUGCCCAACAAGGAGGUUAUGAAAUUCCAGCACGGCUUAGAACUCUUCAUAACCUCGUUAUUCAGUAUGCUUCCCAAGGUAGAUAUGAGGUUGCAGUACCCUUAUGCAAACAAGCACUAGAAGAUCUUGAGAAAACUUCUGGUCAUGAUCACCCUGAUGUUGCCACUAUGCUCAAUAUCUUGGCUCUGGUAUACAGAGAUCAAAAUAAAUACAAAGAUGCAGCCAAUCUACUAAAUGAUGCACUGGCUAUCCGUGAAAAAACCUUGGGCAAAGAUCAUCCAGCGGUGGCAGCAACUCUGAAUAAUCUUGCAGUGCUUUAUGGUAAAAGAGGGAAAUACAAAGAAGCUGAGCCUUUGUGUAAGAGAGCCCUGGAGAUCAGAGAGAAGGUUUUGGGGAAAGAUCACCCAGAUGUUGCAAAACAGUUAAAUAACUUGGCCUUACUCUGCCAGAACCAGGGAAAGUAUGAGGAGGUAGAAUAUUAUUAUCAGAGAGCCCUUGAGAUCUACCAAACAAAACUGGGACCAGAUGACCCCAAUGUGGCCAAAACAAAAAAUAACUUGGCAUCAUGCUACCUGAAGCAAGGGAAAUUCAAGCAGGCUGAAACAUUAUACAAGGAGAUUCUCACUCGAGCUCAUGAGAGAGAGUUUGGCUCUGUAGAUGAUGAAAAUAAACCCAUUUGGAUGCAUGCUGAGGAGAGAGAAGAAUGCAAAGGAAAACAAAAGGAUGGGACAUCUUUUGGGGAGUAUGGAGGCUGGUACAAAGCUUGCAAAGUUGAUAGCCCAACUGUGACAACUACUUUAAAGAACCUUGGAGCACUUUAUAGACGUCAAGGCAAGUUUGAAGCUGCUGAAACAUUAGAGGAAGCAGCCAUGAGGUCUCGAAAACAGGGUCUUGACAAUGUUCACAAACAGAGAGUAGCUGAAGUGCUAAAUGACCCUGAGAGCAUAGAAAAAAGAAGAAGCCGAGAAAGUCUCAAUGUUGAUGUGGUAAAGUACGAGAGUGGUCCUGAUGGAGGGGAGGAAGUGAGUAUGAGCGUAGAAUGGAAUGGGGAUGGCACUGGAUCUUUAAAGCGCAGUGGUUCCUUUAGCAAACUUCGAGCUUCAAUUAGACGCAGCAGUGAGAAGCUGGUUAGAAAGCUGAAGGGAGGAAGUUCACGAGACAGUGAACCAAAGAAUCCUGGCAUGAAGCGUGCCAGUUCUCUGAAUGUUCUUAAUAUGGGUGGCAAGGCUGCUGAAGAUCACUUUCAAGAACGAAAUAAUUGUCUGACAGACUCGAGAGUUCUGAGUGCCAGUCACACUGACUUAGCCCAUUGAGGUGCUGGGACUGAAGCUAGCUAUUACAGAAGCACUGAGACUCUCAAAGCUUUGGUUCCUCGUCACUCUUGUUAGGAACAUAUAGAUUAGAGGUUCCAUUGCAAAGGACUCUUAAUUUUUUAUAUUUCUAUACAGUGACUUUUCAAAUGUAGAGACUUUUCCCCUUCUUUUAGAGACUGUAGGGCACUGCUAUCUUCUAUACUUAUAAUGAGCUCUGUUACCAAUAGAUUUUGUUAACAUAAUAGCCAUGAGCUAUAGAAACACUGAUACUUCCACUAUACCAGCAUAAGAAAGAACAGAAUGGUCUCUAGAUUCCUAGAAUGGAAAUAGCCAAUAAGAAGUAACUCAUUAGUUCUUCCUUGUGACAAAAGGCAAGUCACAUUUAUAUAUGGUUCCCAGAGUAAAUAAUUGAAAGUGUGGUAUUUUAAUUAGGCUUUCUAUGUACAUGUGUUAGGAACCUAUCAUGUUGUUAUAUUAUGCCAAUGUAAGGUAUUCUCAAAAGCCUUGUCAUGUUUUAAGUCAUGCUUAACAAAUUAUGUUUCUGGGACCACUAUAACCAAGAUUUAACUGUCCAUGUUAAGAGAAUAACAGGGGCUGACAAGUUGUAAAGAUGGUCUGUCACACUUCCAUGUAAUCACUAAUUGCACUAAAUUAUGUUGAGUUUAUUUCUGUCUGUUUUUGACCCAGUUCUUACUAAGGCAUAUAAAACUGGUUGUAAGAGGAAGUGAAACAAGUAAUUGGUUCUGUGUUGGGCCAUAAUGCUUCAACAGAGCUAGAGCCAUAGCCCCCAAAUUGCCCUUUCCUAUGUCACAGUCUUGGUUGGUGCUUUUAGGGACUUCAAUGUAUAUUAAUUCUAAGACAGGAUCAGGCUGGAUGAUAAGUGGUGUUCUAUUGUCUUACUUUAGACUUCACUGUAAACUAAAAAUUGUACUUUGUAGAGAGCACUUUGCCUGGGUUACCUCCUGAGAUGAGAGGGCUAAUUUCAGGUCACUCUUAAAUUCUGUAAGACUUGAUGAAUGUAAUAAGCUACAAGCUAUCAUCAGUGAUUUGAGCAUUGUGAAACAAAAAGGGAAAAAAAGAAUUUACUUAUAAUAAGAUCAAAGAUUAGAAUUUAUACUUUGUGUUAGGAAAAAAACAAAUUUAUAACUUUUUGCUUGUGAGCAGCCUAAAAAGAAAAGAUUAUGACCAUCUUUAUUAUGAAAUAUAGAUGAGUAAACAUAAUGAAGCCAUCUCUAUAUGAUAUGCACUUAAAUGUUUCCUAUAAAAUACUUGCCUAGUAGUAUCUAUAGAGAAUUUGAAUUUGUUUCAAGUUGGAUAUGUAGACAUUUUCCACAUAGUAUAAUGCUGCUAAUUUUAAUUUCUCUAAUGUACUAUAGUUAUAUUUAAGAAAAUAGACUCUUUGGGAUUAUUUUCUAGCCAUUUUGUUUUUAAAAAUUAAUUUGUUUAAAAAUCUUUGUAUAGUUAUUAAUAUAAUAGAAUUAAUAUAAUAGAAUGUGAAGAUUAUGUAUCUGUAUGAGGUGUAUAUGCACAUUUUUCAAUUAUAUAUGUGGGGUGUAUAUGCACAUUUUUUCAGUUAUAUUUAUAUAUGUGUACCUUCUGUAGAUGAUUUCAUGUUCUCUGACCACUAGAAUUAUGAUGUGAUCCCUAUUUUUUCAGUGUUCAAUCCUGUCUUCUCUUACCUUCUUUCCUUGAGGAUGAGACCAUGAUGCUUCAUGGAAGUAGAAACAUGGUCUCCAAAUUGCCCUUCUUGAUAGCAUUUAAACUUGCAGGUUCCUAUAGAACUGUAACAUAUACUUUACGUUUAUUUUGUCUUUAAAAUUUUAUAGAAAUAGAUGUAUUUAAACAGUUUCUCUUAAGACACAAGAAGAUAGCAGAAAUAGCCAGGGACAGCUGUUUUGGUUUCUUGGCUGUAUAAAUCUCAAUUUCAUAGACUAGUACUAAGUGCACUGUAUCUAAUCACAUAUGUUCAAGUGACAGGUAGCAUGACACAGUGGACAGAAAGCUAGUCUUGGAGUUAGGAAGACCUGGGUUCAACACAGAUUGUAUGACCCUGGGCAUAUUAUGUAUUCUCUAAAUGCCCUACGCAUAAAUUGUGAUGAAGGGGACAAUUGGUAUUGGUUAGAACAAGUUGUAGAGUUCUUUUUCAGGAGUUUUCUAAACUAAUAAAAUCACAAAUAUAGUUUUAAAAAAAAGGAAAAUAGAUUUUACUGAUUACUCUUUACUUUGUUCUUUCCAGUCACAUCUUGUUAAAAUUCUUUCUUUUCCCUAAUCUGAACUGAUUGAAUUGUAUAUGAAAUGAAAACAAUAACCAAAGACUGGUGGUCUGGUUCACUUUAGGUUAGUCUCAGUUCUCUGCAGAUUUGUAGUUGACGUCCAUCUUUCAAUAACUUAUUGCUUGGAAGUUGUACAAGUGGAUUUCAUAACAUUUGAGACUAUAAGAAUUAGAAAAACAUUACCAGUACCCGCUAACUGACCCUUAGGUUUUCAUAACAUUGCAAACAAAUCUGUUGGUAUUUUAAUUGGAUGUCUGAAAUGAAGUUACUUUAAAAAAAUUAUAUUCAUAUUCUUAUAUUCACAACAUUUGUUUCUUGCUAAUGUUUGGCCUUGUGCAAGAAUUACAUCUAGUGAGCACCAGAAAUCAAUGAGAAACAUCAGAGGUAAAGUUAUUGUGGACUAGUAUUAUGCUGUCCUCUACUAAAACUGUCCUCUAAAGAAUUCUUCAGGAAAGAAUCUAUUUGCUCCAGAGAUAAUUAACUCCCUAGGAAUAUAUUACUGUUUUUAAUGAGAUAAUGCACAGGGCUUUAGGUAGACCAUUUUUAUAUUAUAUGGUCGUUUUUUUGUUUUUUUAAUCAUUCUCUUUCUCACUUUGAAAGGUCAGUGAAAAAUCACAAAGCAAAGUUAUUUUAAAGUUUAUGUAUAGGUUAAUGAAUAAGGUGAAUGUUAAUGGGUUUAUAUAGCCUACUUAAUAGUAGGUUUUUAACAUUUGGUUAUCUGAAUUUCUGUUAUUGAAAAUGCAUGUUAGCACUUGUUCUUAUGUAUGUUUACAAUAUAUGAUAGGUUCACAUGUACAGUAUGGUUUUGGUAUCUCUUUAGAGUGCUGCUAAAAAGUAUCAUUUUCAAUGUAAGUGUUAGGUUUAUUCAUGGGAGGGAGCACAAAUAUUGCUAGGAACUUAUAAUUGACUAUCUGAAAUUUUGUAGAAUAGAUUUUUAAAGGUUUAUGAUUCCUAUAGAGAUUGCUUUGUUAGUCACAUACCUAUUUAGGAAGCUAAUUUCUGAUGUGAUUUAAGUCUCUUCACUUAAUAUUUUCAAGAAGUUUACAUUGAUGAGAUUUUAAAAAAUCAUGUUGGGCCCUCCCCUAAGGUCAUUUUAAAAGUAAAUAUACACAAAUCUCUUGGAAUUGAAUAGUAAGUACCACAAAAGUCAUUUGAUCAGAGGUACAGUUUAAUUCCACAGAAUUUUGAGGUGUAUUUGACAAAGAGAUAUGAAGCUGAGCUAGGAAUUGCAAAUCUCAUCUGGCAGAUAGAUUUAAAAGAUAAGAAUGGCUGACAUUCUGGGAUGGGGUAAGAAUUUUAGCAUAGUUCUUUGUCUCUGAGGUCUGGAGUAUGUCCAAUGCCUUUCUAUGAUGUGACAGAGUUUUAAACCAGGCUGCCAGUCAAGCUAAGGAUUCUAUCUGGAGACAUCAGGGCAUUGCAUUUUUAAAAAUUGUACUUUGGACUCCGAUUUCUAGUUAAUUUUUUUUUUUUUUUUUUUUUUACAAUUUCCCUUUUAAAGACACUAACUUUGUCCAAAGAAUAGUAUGGCAAAAAAUAACAUUUAAAAAAAUAUUUAUUGUGUAUUUCAUUAAUUUAAAAAAUGAUUGCUUCUCUCCUAAAAAAAAAAAAAAUGAUGUUCAUUGUACCUUUGAGAGGAAACUACACACCUAAUAAUUGCUCAGUAAAAGCACUUGGUUAUUAGGAUCAAAAACCUAGAAAUAUGUUUACAAGCACUGUAAAGAGAAGUAGCAGGGGGAAGGCAUGGGUUCUAGAGUUAAGAGGGCUGAGCUUAGCUCUUCUUCAGGUGCUUCUUAUUUGUUGGACUCUGAACAAGCCAUCUGUAUUUGGAAAAUGGGGACAGUAUUGCUAUUCCUUUACAUGGCUACCUACUGUGGGGGAAUGUGCUCUGCAAACUUUCAAGUGCUAUAGAAUUGUAAGUUGUUGUCAUAGAUACAGAUGUACUGCCUGCAUCCCAGCUUUUAUGGUUCACAUUGCUUUAUGGAGAAUGUGAAGUACCUGGCCUGGACACUUCUCUUUUUUAGAAAAGUAUAUCAUUUCUUAAGUUUGGGAUAAAGGUUUUCACUUGAUGCCUAUUCUAUAAUCACACUUUUUUUUAUUGACAGUAGUAUCAAAGCUGAGUGUUUACAGUUUUGAUUCUGGGAUUUACUGCAUGUUUUCAGAAGUGUAUGUCAUUUCUAUUAAAUUUAUGUGCUGCA